GCAGUGGUCAUAUUUACACUUGUGGAAUCUAGUGAAAUCCUCACAAAAUGGCUUGGUCUACCAAGGCAGUAGGCAUUACGGUAGCCCUCGUGGUUCUGCUGUAUGUUGCUUGUGAGGCACACCCAGAAUAUGAAGCCAGGGAGAGCGGAGUAGCAGGUCGUCAAAAACGAGAAGACGUCACUACAGAAAUGCCCAUGAGCACCUCUUCACCCGAGGAGGCGACAGACGAAGAAUGCAACGGAUCGGGCAAAGGCCAAGGCGGCAAACAUGGCAAGGGCAAAGGCAAGUGCAAAGGAAAAGGAAAAGCAAAAGGAAAGAACAAGAAGGAAGAGGGAGGUGAACGCAGGAAGCGGGACCUAGAGGACGCGAGUAUAUUCGAGGAUGACCAAGAAUUGAUGGAUGCUCUCUUCGGAGGGAACUUCAACUGAAGAGAACAUUUGUGUCAUGAACGGAACACAUUUGCGAAUGGAAGUUACAGAAGAACAUUAAAAAGAGUCGUGUGUAUAUAAAAAGC